GCGGCAAACACGUAAUUGAGAGAACGAAAUAUUACUCAGUGUUAUUAAUAUUAAAAAAUAUAUAUAUAUAAUAAUCCAGUAUGUCCAACGAAGGCGCAAAGAAGAAAGGUAAAGUACCUGGGGAAAAAAAGACGUCUAAACGGAAAGCAAAGAGGAGGGAAACUUAUGCAGUGUAUAUCUACAAAGUUUUGAAGCAGGUUCAUCCCGACACUGGUAUCUCCAGCAGGGCGAUGAGCAUCAUGAACUCGUUUGUUAAUGAUGUGUUUGAGCGCAUCGCUACAGAGGCCUCACGGCUCGCUCACUAUAACAAGCGGUCGACCAUCACGAGCAGAGAGGUGCAGACCGCCGUCCGGCUGCUGCUGCCCGGAGAACUCGCCAAACACGCUGUGUCAGAGGGCACCAAGGCCGUCACCAAAUACACCAGCUCCAAGUGAUCACCCGUGAGCUGUCCAAGAGCCGGAGGAGCAUUUCAGUUCAAAAAAGUCAUAUGUAAAAUGGGCCAUGUUUGCAAUCACUCUUCAAUAUUAAUAAAUGCACACAAAAAAUUCAGUGCAACUGUUCAUUAUCCUGAAUUAGAAAAAGAGUACAGAAGAACACUGCAAGGAAGAGAGAAUGAGAUUGAUUGACCAUACCAUAUGUACAAUGAAUGUACUGGUAAUGUCUUCUAUGGUAUAUGUCCACAAACAUGGGAAUGCCAUUCUGAGUUUUGUUACUAAAAUAUGACCAUUUUAAAAAUGUCCACCAGUGCCGCUACCAUGGAGUUACUGAAUUCCAUGAAUAUGUAAUAUAUAAUGAAUGAAGUCAUGAAUUUACAUAAAUGUUAGUUGAUGCAUAAGAUUCCUGAUUUCAAAUGUGUAAUGAGGGUAUAAUUGGAUUAAAUGUGAUUUAGUGACCAAGGAAAGUCUGAGUUUCUCA